GGGCACGUUUUAAAAAUCAUUUAAUAUUUAAAAAGCCAACUGUUGUUACAUGUUAGAGACAAUUCGAUUAUUUAAUUCUAGCAAAGUCACAUGACAAAUGUGUGAUCAUUUUUUUAGCAAUUUCAUAGUUAAAUUGUUACCUCUAUGAGUUGUAAUGUUUUGAUUUUUUUGUCGUAAAGGCUUGUCAUCCUAAUUUUACUUCAUAUUCCAAUAUAAGUUUUAAAAACAAUGGCCGGGUUAAUUUCGGGUCUUGCACGAAGAGCUGUACCAAUGUUGAUUAAGCUACAAGUCGCAGUAAAUUCUUCUUCAGCAGCUAGAGCCUUAAGCAUCGGGAGCCAGCUGUUCGCCGCGAGAGUCCAACAUCCGGCGCCAGACUUCCGCGGAACUGCCGUCGUCAACCAGGAUUUCAAGGAGAUCCAGCUGUCGGACUUCAAGGGCAAAUACCUCGUCUUGUUCUUCUACCCCCUCGACUUCACGUUCGUCUGUCCCACGGAGAUCAUAGCGUUCAGCGACAGGAUCCAGGACUUCCAGGACGCGAACACGGAGGUGGUGGGGGUGUCGACGGACUCUCACUUCAGCCACCUGGCGUGGAUCAACACUCCGCGCAAGGCCGGGGGUCUGGGGGGCCUGAACUACCCCCUGCUGUCGGACUUCAAGAAGACCGUGUCGCGGGACUACGACGUGCUGCUGGACGAUGCGGGCAUCGCCCUGCGAGGACUCUUCAUCAUCGACGACAAGGGUAUCCUGCGCCAGAUCACGGUGAACGACCUGCCUGUGGGGCGCAGCGUGGAUGAGACCCUGAGGCUGGUCAAGGCGUUCCAGUUCGUCGACCAGCACGGCGAAGUUUGCCCUGCCAAUUGGAAGCCAGAUUCUCCAACGAUCAAGCCUGACCCAAAGGGUUCGAAGUCAUAUUUUGAGAAGGUUAACUAAUGUGGCAUUGACACGUCAAGAGUUAACUGCUUGUUAAAAAACUCUCAAGCUAUAUGAUGGAACCAUUAUAAGUGCUUACAGAUUACUAUUACUGUUUGUUUGAUCUUUUUUUUUUGAACUAUACAUUUUUAUAGAAAUAUUUUUUUAAUAAAUAAGCUGUGUUUCCUUGGGCUGAA